CGCCAUCGUCAAUCUCUGGAUAACGCCAGUCGAAAUCAAACGCCUACAAAAGUAUUUGACGACGUGACUUCGCAAAUAAAUUCGUUACCAACUUCGCAUCUUACACCACCGCUUUUCCCGGCCACUAGCAUGAAGCGAGACUCUCUUCGCGCACCUUGGGCCAAACCGUCUGAAUCUCAGGCCUUGCCAGCUCUUGUUUCUUCUGGAACCCCUCGACAUCCACGGCCACAUUCCCCCCCCACCCUCGUUACUGAUCAGACAGUCAUCCAGACUGAUGAUGCUAAACCAGGAAAGCGCUAUAAUUCGCUUGAUCAGAAUGGUGCCUCAGACCGAUCUCAACAACAUUCCAGACAACCAGUUGUUACUGACGUCACUGAUUGUUCCAGUCAUAAAUGGUCCCAGGAAUCGGACUCGGAAACGAAUAAUAUCUCUUCCGUUGGACGGACUGGCACUUCUUUGAAGUCAACUUCUAUAAGAAGGCCUAAUGGCGAUUUCACCUACGUAUCAAAAACUUAUCCUAGAAACGUUGACUUAGACGCAACUCCUUUGCACCACCAGUACACUCAACACAUGCACUUCCAAUACUCCAGCCAACAGGAGCAAACACAGAUGCAAUUAUCACACACAUCAUCACAACUAUCAUCGCUCCCACCUCCACCUCAACCAUCACUACCACUACAUCAACAACAACAACAAACAUCGCGCUCUCAUCCUCAUCGACAGCCUUCUAGUGGUGACUCGCAUUGUACUGGGCAAAUCCGUUACUCCAGUCAAUAUCCACAUCAGAAGCAAGCCGGGCAAGUAACGGUCGUCGACACGGCUCCUAGAUCUACUGGUACUGGCGUCGCAAUCCGCUCAUCCAGCAAUGGGGCAAGUGUACCCGCAGGAAUUGCUUCUGCUGGAUAUACCUUCCGUGCUCAGCACACUCAGGUCUUGCCAAACGCCAGUGGGCACUUUCUACAUCGGCCACUACACUUGACUUCCGAGCCUGCAUAUGACAGUGGCAGUAGUGGCGACAGUGGCUUAGGCGUUAUGUUGCCAGCCUCUUCCUCUUCCUCGUCCUCAUCUUGCUCCUCAUCCUCUUCUGGCCUUGGCAGCAGUAGUGGAUGCUGCACUAGAGCAACUGUCCAGCCACGCCGGCCACACUUAAAGACUUCCUGUUGCCAGCGGCUAGCUCCUGACUUUGGUAAUGGCAAAGUUGGAUCAAGCGGCGAGAGUGCUGGGCAUACUCCGUCUUCUGUUGGCCUGGCUAACUUAUCUGGAACGGCUUCCUCUUUGCUAGGAAAGCUGGGACCUGAUUAUUCUGCUGGAUGCAUCUUAGCUUAUUCUGAAUUAAUGGCGAUGACAGAGGAGACAAGCUCGAUCGGCAUGGACUGUACUGCAAAUGCACCGUAUGAUAUGACUAGGCCGACUGGUUUUGAUGGACUUGCUGCUGAUUUAGACACAACGAUUACCACUUCACCAUGUGCCUACACAGAUGUAGACUCUGGUGUAGACACAAAUGAGCUAAAGCGUGAGCAUCAUUCACUAUACACUUUUUAA